AUGCCAGCACAGCCGGGAGCUAUCAAGCAAGCCUGGUUCAAAUGGAAGAGUCUGCGUCUUCCGUGGCGAAAGAAGUGGCUUGUUGUCAGGGACACUACGCUGAUGUCAAGAUAUCACUCGCUAUANGCACAAUGGCACCAAUGGCUGCGCCAGGUCCGUCCAGAAGCUCCUACACUUCAGGAACAACAGUAUGAGGUAUCGCGGCAAGCACAAAUGCGUCAACUAGCUGCUGCUGCAGACGAAAGAUGGGCCGCACAGGAGUCUUUCUUGGACGCACCAUCAAAGCAACAACCCGAACCAGCCAUAGGUGUCAAGGAUCCUGCAGGAUAUAUGCACGGUAACCAGACUGAGCCAACUGAGAACGAAGGCGUGAGAAGUGCGGUAGGUGAUGCGGGUGAGAUUGAUGCUUCGACUGAGGGCAGAACCAAGGACGACGGCAGAUUCAAGGGCAGAGCUAGAGACAAGGAGGCGAACCCGUGGAAGCAAGCACCAAAGGGCAACCCAGGAGAUGACUGGCAGCCACAAAGCUGGAGUCCUGGUGUCAGCCGUAGAUGA